AUGCAAGUUGCUGGCUCUGAAAUCUUUAAGACUAUCGAUGCGUUUCUCACGCUACUGCAGAGUCCAGCUAUUAAUGAACAAAUGACUGUAGAAAAUGCUACACAAGCUUUCAACUGUGCUCACUUCAUCGAAAUCACCGUUGCCCAAGUGCAAGCUGAAAACAGAACAUUCCCCUUUGAGAAAUGUUUACGUCGAAAGUUGAAGAGAAAGCUAUUUCUACAAAAUCAGAAUAUUACAUGCUCUGAUCUAGAAAAAGCUUGCGAUAAAUUAUUGGAACAUUAUUUGAAGGACAAUCGUAUUUCUACGGAAAUAGUUGAUGAAUAUCUAAAAUUGUACACUCUACAUUUUGGACAGGAUAGAUUAAAUGUCUUUCUAAAUCAAGUAAUAAGCAGUUCUAUCGCCACAAACAUAAUUAUAGAUUCUUUAGGAGAAUUAGGAGUACCAUUAUCAGGCAUGGAAGACGAGGCAUUAAUUAUGUCAUGGCAAAUGGCAAUAGCUAAUGAUGAUCAAGAUGAAGUAGUGAAAUGCAUAAAUAAAAUGUUAAAUGAUAAUCAUGUUUCAAGACUUGUACACUUAACGGUUGAAUCAGAUGACGAUACAAUUAAAGAAUUGGUUGUACAAACUUUUACUUCAAAAUUAACUGAUUAUGAUCCUGAAAUAUGCGUAGCUUUAGCAGAUACUGAAAAGAAAUCUCUCUUAAGAUUACUUCAAGAUAGUACUCGAUUUUGCAUAGAUUUUGUUGAUGCAAUAUUUUAUUUUGGUCGAAAUAUGUACCUUGUAGAUGGAAAGUGGUGCUCAGAUUUUAAAUUUGAAUACGAACAUCUUUGUCAGAUAGUGAAAAUUUUGUUAAAUGGUCCCUGCGUAAUUCGCAAACAAGUAUACAAUAGAAUGUCUACUGUUAAAACUCAACCAGAUAGUGAGAUAUGGAGUAAUGUUGAAGCAGAUAUCUUAAAUUAA